CGCACGGUGGUUCGCGAGUCGGGUCGUAUUUGACGAAUGCAGAAAAUUGGGUAGUCAACAUGUCCACCGCUGCGGCUCAGCGUAACAACAACGAAGAGUCUGCGCUUAACGGCUCCUGGGAGGAGUUAGAGAUGAACGGGAACACGACCAUGCAGACCACCUCUUUUAUGACCCCAGCUACAGCCCCGCUAAACGGGAAUGUGGGGGAGCACCAAACUCCACCAACCAUGGAAAUUGUGCCUGAAGAGAUAGAGGAGAGCCUGGUCGGAGGGCUGGAACAUGUGCCAUCUUCCUCAUCCAUCCACAAUGGAGACAUGGAAAAGAUCCUACUCGAUGCACAGCAUGAGUCCAGCCAAAGCAGCUCGUCCUGUGAUAGUCCCCACAGGCCACCGAGUCCGGAUCAGGACGAGAGUCAAAUAACCUUUGAUGUAGAGAUGUCAAGUCCAAGGGGUAGCCAGUCAGAGGAGGAUGGCCUGGACAGGGAUGAAGAUAUACUGAUGAAUAAGGGAGUAGACUGGGUGGCUGACUGGUCCAGCAGACCAGAGAACAUUCCUCCCAAGGAGUUCCACUUUAGGCACCCUCGACGUUCAGUAUCUCUUAGUAUGAGAAAGAGUGGGGUUAUGAAGAAAGGUGGCGUCUUCUCUGCAGAGUUUCUCAAAGUUUUUAUCCCUUCUUUACUCAUCUCACACAUUCUUGUUCUUGGCCUUGGGAUAUACAUUGGGAAGAGAAUUUCUACGCCCUCUUCCAGCUCUUACUGAGUUGAAAAUGAAGCGGUGCCUGGAUGUCAUGGCAGAGCUCUCUUAUCUACAAGUCAUUCAAACAUUUUCAUUUACACUUGUCUCCUCUCUUCCUCUGCCUCUAUUGUGCUCCAGCAUUCCCUUCCCGUCUGCGUUAAAUUCGGUCACAAUCGAGAUGUAGGUCUAGGACACGUAGCAUAAUGUGGUUGCACUCCUUCACAUGUUGACACAGUGCUGAGUGCCACAGUGUUGUGUAUUGGAUCCAGCAGUUGCCACCAUCGCCAAACCCCUAGGAUGAAGAUCUUGCCCAAGGUAGACAGUAUUAGUCCCUUUAUUAAACUUAAACAUGUAGCUGUGUUUUGGUGUCAGAUAGCAUGAGGGAUUUUUUGAUUUCUCUGUACACAAAUCAGAGCCUCUCUGUUUAUAAGUCAGAGAUUGUAUCUUGUGCGAAAUCUGGCCGACGACUCCUAGGUUAGUCGACUGCUAAAAGGAGGCCAGUGGACUCUGGACACUGGCUCCCAGUGGGCAAAUUGCUUGAACCAAAAAUAUGCGCCAUGUCUGCCAUAUAAGAUUAAUUCUUUCGGCUUUGCGAGUAGAAGGGGUUUUCGGGGACUCACUAUUUAUGAUGCAGAUAUUGAGAGGAAGAAUCCGUGCUGCACAGUGGGAUUCGUUUUUGAAUUCCACAUGCUUUUCAUAACAGAAAUUAAUUCUAUUAGCUGUUUAAGGUUGUUUUUGAAGCUUGGUUGCUUUGAAGGGUUGAAAAGCUUGAACAGCGUGUUUCACAAUUUUCCGACUGUUUGACAUUUGAAUAUAUUAUGAUAGUGGAAAUUAGGCUAGAUGACAAUUUACCCAGGACAUAUAUUUUAUUUCUUGUUGCCUACAUAUCAUUUCACGUGCCAAAUACGUUUCUAUUUUUAGCUCUGCACAUUGGUGAUUUAUCUUAGACUUAAUUUUGAUUUUCUAACAUGUUGCAAUAUUUAAAUAGAUGUGAAAAUAAUUCAAACUGUGACCUGCCCCAUGUAAUUUACACCUUGGACAUGGAAUAGUUCGUUUAUACAUUGUUAUUUGAUUCCCAUGCAUAAUGUAUCUUAUGGAUUGUGGCAGUGUAUUAUUAUUAUUAUUAUUAUUUUUUUUUUUUUGCUUUCUUGUUACUUUAACAGCUGCCAUGUGAUAAUUGCUGGAGUAGAAAACUAUCUAUAGGAAAUCAUCCAUAGGAAUACAUUUAUGGGGCCUACUGUCAAAGAUUAUUGUCCUAUUGUUAUCUUGUUAUUCUAUUUCAUUGUACACUCAUUGUAAUGAACAUUAUGAAAAUGUAAAAUGUCUAUUAAAUUCACACUGUGAAGAUAGAAUUGACAUGGGUGAGGAAAGAAAUUAGUUUUGGAUACACCGUUCGAAAGUCGAGAAAAACGAAUAACAUUGCUGGUUUUUUUGCCACAUGCAUGCCACUAACUUGUUUUAAUCUUGUCCAUGCACAUAAUUUGUGUAUGAAAACCGCAUCAAUGAAGUGCUGCCUUAUACGCUUUCACUAAACUGCUUGGUGGUAAGAGUAUAAAGGAGGAGAAAUGAUAAUAUGAAAUGGGACUCUUACUGCAUGCAUUUCAACGUGGUACUCGCACAGUUUAGUCAGCAUUCAUGGUGCUCUAUCUAAGAGGUCAGGUUUACCUUAUAACCAGAAGCACUUGGUUUUUUUUUUUUUAUUUAACACUAUCAAACAGCUUGAUUAUAUGAAGGGCAGGGCCCUCGAACAUCUUAAAUAUUCCAAGUAAUAUAUCUUAAAGCAGCAAGAAUAGAAGUGUGUGAAAUUGUUAGACAUGUCAUCAUACUGACGUUCUUGAAAUCUUGUCAUUACACAAAACUAACAUUAAAAUAUGAAAACCCCCCACAAUGUUAUACAUCAUUUAAUGGCAUAAUUAAAUAUCUC